AAAAUGAAAGAAGCCAUAUCCGAAGCUCCAGUGAGGGAACACUCUUCCCCACAGUGAGGGGACAGAACGGUCGGUUGUAGACGAGUUGUCACUGGAUUCACUGGGGCCAUGACUCGGCACGAGUCGUUGUAGCACCAGGAGAGCUCUCCCAGACCAACGUUAUGGCGAACGUCCAAGCGUUUUUCAUCUCGUCGUCAUGUUCGGUGGUGGCGAAUCCUCGACAUUCCGUGCAUUCCUGCCGGAGUUCAGUCGAAUCCGCUUUCAGUCCUUUUCAUAGCCAUGGCAGAAAAUGCUCGAAUUCUGCUCGAAUUGGGCUGGUUCCUCUGGGCCUGCAGAGGAACCAGCCCAAUUCUACAACGUCGGCACGUUCCAAUUUUGCAUCCCCACCUUCGCCGCAAGGCGGUCUUACAGGAUUGUCGAAACUCUCAGGACUCACGUUCAGCUCCCAGUUUUCCUUCUAUGUCUGCGGUAGAGUGUCCGAGAAUCAUUUGUCGAGAUUUUUGGAGAAUGGAAUUCGAAAGCCACUGGUAUCGACAGCUGCUUUUCUCAGAAAGCACGAGGAGUCUGAUGGGAGCGUCGCACAAGGACGAGGAGGAGUAGGCAGGGGAGGGCCACCCGACGGGGGCGGAGGAGGUGACGCCGUAGAUUGGAUACUCGGUGCUCUCAUUCUUUCUCUCUGUGCGGGAUUGAUAUGUUAUGGUCUUCUUUUGUCAUCUGAUGAAGCUUCGUACAGAGACAUGUACGAUUUUUGGAAGCUAUUUGGUUUUCAAGGAAAUGAUGGAGUCGCCAUGGACACAGUUUGGACGGGAGAAUGGUUCAUCAAGGGAUUAUGGCCUCUUGCAUUUCUCUCUCCCGGUGCUCGGCAAUGCGAACAGCAGGGUUUAGGGUUUUACUCUCAGAUUCCUGCGCAUGCAGAGGUUGGAGCAGGUUUGCAUUUUGGAGUUGAGAGAUCAAAAUCAAACUACAGAGCCGGAGGGAUAAUCCCUGUUGCUGGAUCGGUUGGUUCUGUUGUUUGCAGAGUGGGUGGUGGUGGGGCCGUGAGGUGGGGGAGAAGUGACAGUUUGCGACGGGACGAUGAAGAAGCUGAAGAAUCUGAAUCCUCAGGAAGCAGGGACUUGGGAUACAGAGGGCCUUUCGAUGAGGAGGAGGAGGAAGACGACGACGACUAUGAUUCUGAUGUCGACGAUCAGGAAGACGAAAUCGUGGGAUUCUACGAUGAAGACGAGAUGGAACUUGAUGAUUCUUCUUCAGUCCUGGAGAUGGAAGAUGCAGUUACUUCAUCCGAAACUAGCGUCAAUAUUGAAGAACGGGAAAGCACGUCCGCUCUGAUUGCUCAAUUUUGCGAGAGAGUACAAGCAGGUGAUGGAGUUACAGUUACUGCGGGAGACAUUGCAGAUCUCUACGAAUUUCCUUUCGAUAAGUUUCAAAGGAUGGCUAUUGAUGGAUUUUUAAAGGGUUCGUCAGUUGUAGUUUGUGCUCCCACUAGCAGUGGGAAGACACUCAUAGCAGAAGCUGCAGCUGUGGCAACCUUAGCCAGGGGAAAACGAAUGUUCUACACCACACCAUUGAAAGCUUUGUCAAACCAGAAGCUGCGUGAGUUCAGAAAACUCUUUGGUGAAUCCAAUGUUGGGCUUCUCACGGGGGAUGCUGCAGUCAACAGAGAUGCUCCCAUUCUGGUGAUGACAACUGAGAUCCUGCGCAAUAUGCUCUAUCAAAGUGCUGGAGAUGCUGACAAUCAAGGAGGGAGACUGGAAAAUGUUAGUGCAGUCGUUUUGGAUGAAGUACACUACCUUAGCGACAUAUCUCGAGGUACAGUUUGGGAGGAGACUGUGAUUUACUGCCCGAAGAGCGUGCAGCUCAUCUGUCUUUCUGCAACAGUCGCAAAUCCACAGGACUUAGCUGGAUGGAUUGCACAGGUGCACGGUCCCACGGAGCUGGUAACAUCCUCCAAACGGCCAGUGCCUCUCAUGUGGCACUUUUCUACCAAAUACGUUCUUCUACCACUUUUGAAUGAACAAGGCACAGAAAUGAAUUAUCGUUUGUCACUUACUGACCCUAGACAAAAUACCACCAACUCCUCAUCUUUCUGGGACGUGGACGAAGGAGGUAGGGGUCGCAGAGGCGGUGAAGGAAGGAGAAGGUCCAGCAGCAAUGGUACUGCCAGAGGCAACGAGAAUGGUACAAGAAGGAGAGGAGAUCGCUUUGGCGAAGCCAGAGAAGAGCUGUCGGAAGAAACGAAAUCCAUGCUGAGACGGAGACAAGUUCCACAAGUGAGAGACACAUUACAACAGCUAGUCACCAGAGAUAUGCUGCCAGCUAUUUGGUUCAUUUUCAGUAGAAGAGGUUGUGACACAGCGGUGAAAUAUCUAGCAGAUUCGUCGUUACUCUCAGAAGAAGAGUCUAUGCAGGUUAGGGAAGCUAUAAUUGAAUUUCAGGAGCAGCAUCCAGAGGCCAUCCGAGAGUCUGCUGUCGAACCACUCUCGAGAGGAGUGGCUGCUCAUCAUGCUGGCUGCUUGCCCACUUGGAAAGCUUUUGUGGAGGAGCUCUUUCAGAAAGGGCUUGUGAAAGUUGUUUUUGCAACCGAAACUCUUUCAGCUGGAAUUAACAUGCCGGCUCGGACGACCGUCUUGUCUUCUCUCAGCAAAAGAGGAGACAAUGGUCAUAUGCUCCUCUCUUCAAACGCCAUGCUUCAGAUGGCAGGGCGUGCAGGUCGCAGGGGAAUCGAUGAACAGGGUCAUGUAGUUGUAGUUCAAACUCCAUUUGAAGGAGCCGAGGACUGUUGUAAACUUCUCUUUGCAGGUUCGGAUCCACUUGUGUCGCAGUUCACUGCGACGUAUGGAAUGGCACUUAAUCUCUUGGCGGGAGGAAGGGUCCAAAAAUUGGGGGCUAAUUCCGAUAUUGAAGAGCCCAGAACUGUCACAUUCGGACGAACUCUGAGUCAGGCACGAGAGCUGAUCGAGCAAAGUUUUGGUAACUACGUUGGCAGUGAGGUGAUGGUUGCGGCCAAAAAACAGCUGACCAAGUUGGAUCAAGAAGUGGAGCGACUCGUGCAGAAGACUCAGACAUUGGAUGGAUCGCAAACCUUAGAGAGCCGGUUAACAAAAACGGAGCUGCAAACAUAUCUGGGUUUCAAGGAGGCCGUGAAGGAGAGGAAGGCUGUGCUUUCAAAGAUGAGGAAAGAGUUGGAGACCAAGCGAGUCGCCGCUCUUGAGCCACUUUUGAUGGAAGGUCAGCUCCCCUAUGUCUGCAUUUGUUACUUCGAUCCUAGGACAGGAUCGGAGUGCCUCGUCACAGCUCUGCUCGUUGGGAAUGUGCCUAAACCACCCUUCAUCUCUUUCAACACACGUGAUCCAGAAGAGGACGGUGACGUUUUGGAGGAACCGUCGUCGCUUGCGGAUAAUAUUUAUCACGUAGCUCUAGGGCCCGACAACCGCUGGUACCUUUUCACCGCGAAAUCCGUCAAGGGCUACUUCAGGAGUAAUCUGGAGGAGAAUGUUCCAGAGAAAGCUGCAAGAGAAGCUUUGAAGGCGGAGCUGCAAGUGGGCGCCAAAUCAUGGCAGACGCUUGGCAAGGCUGGAACAGAUGCAUCCAGUGCUGUCUGGGUAACACAGAGCUCCCCCGAGACCAAGGCAUGGAGCUCCCAAAUUCCUGCCUCCACAGAUUACGAGAUACCGGAUGAUCUGCAGUUGAUCGAGGCUCUUGUAACUCAAGAGAGAAAACAAAUUGCACAGUUACGCAAGAAGCUGAAAAUGACAAUAGGAUACAAAGAGAAUCAGCAGCUGGUGGUUCUACAGAGGUCAAGGUUUGAAAAAAUCGCCCGUUUGAAACAAAAGGCAAACAGACUGGCAACUCGAAUUAGUCAGAUGGCACCAUCAGGGUGGAAGGAAUUUCUACAGGUGGUGGAGAUUUUGAAUGCUGCUGAAGCAAUCAACUUGGAAAACAGUGAGCUACUGUCUCUUGGCCAAACCGCAUCAGCGGUUCGCGGAGAGAAUGAACUCUGGCUGGCCAUGGUAUUUGCUAGCGAACAUGUAAGAUCGCUAACAGCUCCGCAGCUUGCUGCAGUAUGUGGAACUCUUGUGUCUGAUGGAAUCAAGACUCGCCCAGAGUAUGGUCACAGUGUUAUGUAUGAAGCCUCCACUGCAGUCCAACAAUGGGUGGAUGCAAUGGAAGGUGCGCGGGGAAGACUGCUGGGUUUACAGGCAGAGCACGGAGUCUAUAUACCAUGCUUGAUUGAUAUACAAUUCGCUGGGAUGGUAGAGGCUUGGGCAGCAGGUGUCACCUGGAAGGAGUUGAUGACGGAUUGUGGUAUGGAUGAAGGAGAUGUAGCACGGCUUCUUCGAAGAUCCAUCGAUCUUCUAGCGCAGAUUCCCCACUUGCCUCACGUCGAUCCAGGUCUUGCCAAACUUGCAAGACAAACAACUCAUGUUAUGGAUCGACCUCCUAUAAGUGAGUUACUGGGUUGAAGAUUGAAAUCAUCAUAGCAAAUGAAGUCCAGGUUUUAGAUUUUUGGGAUGAUGGGAUCAGAUUUCUGGGUUUAGGUAGUUUCUUUCAUGGAGAUGACAGAAACUAUCUUUCAUCUCCAUGAACCUCACUUUGAACCCUUUCGGUAGGAGCUGCACUCUGUUGUGAAUAUUCUGUAGCUUUGUACAGACAAUGAUGUAUUAUCGAUCACACGUGAUACACACUGUGAAAACUGCCCAAAGAACUUUGUAGCAUGGAUGUAAAGUAGAUAUAUCAACAGGAUUCUUUACCAUGCAGUUUUUUACCAUUCAUAAGCCAUUCACGGGUGUACCUUUUCUAUGCACCCUGGGUGGAUAGAGUUCUUUGAUUAGCUAACUACAUUAGUUAACAUUCAUUCCCUUCUCUUGCCUUGCGACCCCCUCAUCAAUUUUGAGGAUGGCCGAGGCGGCAAAUUAGGCAAUGUGAACAUUUAGUAUGAUCAAUUUGAUGCCGGGUAGAUUGAUGGAGAGGGCGCGUCGAGAGUUGGAUGAGCUGACCUGCAGUUGUAGUUGCAGUAUUUUUUAUGAAUCAUUUUCUCACAAGAAAUACGAAGUGAUCCGAUCCUUUGAAAAGGUGC